AUGAGCGACACCACAACUGCCCCGGCCACCGGCCCAACGACCGUCCCCAUUCUGGGAAAGGACUCAAUUGUGGUCGAGUACGGCCUGUGGGACAGCUACGUCGCCCAGGACCUGCUCCAGAACAUCCGCUCCUCCACCUACGUCCUGAUCACCGACACCAACCUCGGCGACAUCUACACCCCCGCCUUCGAGAAGAGCUUCAAGGAGCACGCCGCCCAGCAUGCCCCUUCCUCCCGCCUGCUCUCCUACACCAUUCCUCCCGGCGAGACCUCCAAGUCGCGCUCCACCAAGGCCACCGUUGAGGACUGGUUGCUGCGCCAAGGAUGCACCCGCGAUACUGUCAUAAUUGCUCUGGGUGGUGGUGUGAUUGGUGACAUGAUUGGCUUUGUUGCUGCUACCUACAUGAGAGGCGUGCGCUUCGUUCAGGUGCCCACAACGCUUCUGGCCAUGGUUGAUUCGUCGAUUGGCGGCAAAACCGCCAUUGACACGCCUGCCGGCAAGAACCUUGUCGGCGCUUUCUGGCAGCCCGAGCGCAUCUACAUUGACUUGCAGUUCCUCGAGACCCUGCCCCGGAGAGAGUUCAUCAACGGCAUGGGCGAGGUCGUCAAGACUGCUGCCAUCUGGGACGAGAAAGAGUUCGCCGCUCUCGAGGACAAUGCCUCCCUGAUCAUGAAGACCAUCAACCACAAGCCAGCCCGGGGCCAACGCCGCCUGGCCGAUAUCGCCCCCAUACUCAAGAGGAUAGUGCUGGGCUCUGUCCGCGUGAAGGCUCAUGUCGUGUCUGCCGACGAGAGGGAGGGCGGUUUGCGCAACCUCCUCAACUUCGGCCACUCGAUUGGCCACGCUAUGGAGGCUAUCCUCACCCCUCAGAUCUUGCAUGGUGAGUGUGUUGCCAUUGGAAUGGUCAAGGAAGCCGAGCUUGCCCGCUACCUGGGCGUGCUCGAACCCGGUGCAGUUGCCCGCUUGACCAAGUGCAUUGCAAGCUACGAGCUGCCUACUUCGCUCAACGACAAGGUUGUGCGCAAGCGCACUGCGAACAAGCAUUGUGCAGUCGACGAGCUGAUCUCCAUCAUGGCUGUGGACAAGAAGAAUGAUGGCCAGAAGAAGAAGAUUGUCCUGCUGGCCGGUAUCGGCAGGACCCACGAGAAGAAGGCCAGCGUUGUUGCUGACCGGGACAUCCGCAUCGUUCUGUCUCCCAGCGUCGUUGUCCACCCCGGCGUGGCCGACAACUUGAAUAUCUCCUGCACUCCUCCUGGAUCUAAGAGCGUUUCCAACAGAGUCCUGGUUCUGGCUGCCCUUGGCUCAGGUACCUGUCGUAUCACCAACCUACUUCACUCGGAUGACACACAAUUCAUGCUCGGCGCGGUUGCUAAGCUCGGUGGCGCCUCCUUCUCUUGGGAAGACGAUGGUCGUGUCCUGGUCGUCAAUGGCAAUGGUGGUGCGCUCUCAGCCAGCCCCGAUGAGAUCUACAUCGGAAACGCCGGCACUGCUUCUCGUUUCCUGACGUCCGUAGUCACUCUUGCCAAACAGUCGUCCGUUGCGUCUACUGUCUUGACUGGAAACGCUAGAAUGAAGGAGAGGCCCAUUGGACCACUCGUGACUUCUCUGAGGGCAAACGGUGCGCAGGUUGAAUAUCUCGAGAGUGAGGGCUGCCUGCCUCUGCGCAUCGGUGCGUCUGGCGGUUUCGAGGGCGGUGACAUUGAGCUCACCGCCAAUGUCUCCUCCCAAUACGUCUCUUCCAUCCUGAUGUCUGCGCCUUACGCCAAGAAGCCAGUCACUCUUCGCUUGGUUGGCGGAAAGGUCAUCUCGCAGCCUUAUAUUGAUAUGACGAUCGCCAUGAUGGCCUCUUUCGGUGUUCAGGUCGAGCGCUCUGCCGCCGAGGAGAAUACCUACCACAUCCCUCGCCAAAGCUACGUAAACCCGGCCACCUAUGAGGUCGAGAGUGAUGCAAGCUCUGCUACUUACCCUCUUGCCAUCGCUGCCAUCACGGGCACCACUUGCACCGUCCCGAACAUUGGCUCCAAGUCUCUCCAGGGAGAUGCCCGCUUUGCGGUCGAUGUCCUCCAGCCUAUGGGUUGCACUGUGGAGCAGACUGAGACGUCCACCACGGUCACCGGUCCUCCUAGGGGCCAACUAAAGGCACUGACGGAGGUCGAUAUGGAACCCAUGACGGACGCUUUCUUGACUGCUUCGGUUCUGGCUGCCGUUGCGACCAACAACGGUACCACCGCUACGACCCGCAUCAACGGCAUUGCCAACCAGCGUGUAAAAGAGUGCAACCGAAUUGCUGCCAUGAAAGACCAACUGGCCAAAUACGGCGUUGUCUGCCGCGAACAUGACGAUGGUCUUGAAAUCGAUGGCCGUACCUAUGAGCUCGACACGCCGCAGGAGAGUAUUGAUUGCUACGAUGAUCACCGUGUGGCCAUGAGCUUUGGGGUGCUCUCUCUUGUUGCUCCCGGGCCUGUCAUUGUUCUUGAGAAAGACUGCACAGCGAAGACAUGGCCCGGUUUCUGGGACGUUCUGCAUCAGCGCUUCGGUUCUACUCUGGAAGGCCACGAGCCAGGCCCAUCUGCUCAUCACAGAAAGGUCAAGAAGCCCACCAAGUCGAUGUUUAUCAUUGGCAUGAGGGGUGCUGGUAAGACAACCAUGGGUGGCUGGGCAUCCAAGAUCCUUGGCUGGCCUUUGCUUGAUCUCGACAAUGCCCUUGAAGAGCAAGUUGGCCUUCCAAUCCCUGACAUUGUGAGAAAUCACGGCUGGGAAUACUUCCGUGAGGAGGAACUCAAGCUUGUCAAGAACGUCAUGAAGGAGAAGGCCACAGGGCACAUCCUCGCUUGCGGAGGUGGUGUUGUAGAGAUUCCCGAGGCUCGCGAACUCCUCAAGAAUUGGGCAAAUGAUGGCCAUGUCCUCCUCAUCACUCGGGAUAUCCAAAGAGUGAUGGAAUUCCUCAGCCUCGACAAAACGCGUCCAGCGUACGUUGACCCGAUGAUGAGUGUCUGGGAGCGUAGGAAAGACUGGUACCAGGAGUGCAGCAACUACCAGUUCCACAGUCAAACUGUCGAGGACAGUGGCCUUGCCAGGACUCUGGAUGACUUUGACCGCUUCCUUUCGCUCAUCACCGGAAAGACCUCUGCCUUUGAGAAUCUGAAGAGCAAGAAGCAAUCGUUCUUUGUUUGCUUGACUGCUCCACGGAUUGACCUCCUCGCUGACAAGUUGGACCGUAUCGUAGUUGGAUCUGAUGCUGUCGAGAUCCGCGUGGAUCUUCUCGAAGAUCCCAAUGCUGAGAACGGCAUUUCCACCACAGACUUUCUCAUUGAUCAGAUUACUUUCCUGCGGUCGAUGGUUUCUCUCCCUUUAAUCUUCACCAUCCGCAGCAAGAGUCAAGGAGGCAGAUUCCCCGAUGGCGCCAACGAUGCGGCGCUCCGCCUGUACAGGUUGGCUGUCCGCAUGGGUUUCGAGUUCAUCGACGUCGAGGUCACCUAUCCUGACGAACUCCUGCAAGAGAUCUCCUCGAACAAGGGAAGUAGCAAGAUCAUUGCCUCGCACCACGAUGUGAAAGGCAAGCUCUCUUGGAAGGAUGGCUCUUGGAUUCCUUUCUACAACAGGGCACUGCAGCUUGGCGACGUCAUCAAGGUUGUUGGCGUUGCGAAGACUCUUCAGGACAACUUUGAGCUUGCCGAGUUCAAGUCGUGGGCCGAGCAGACCCACCCUAUUCCAAUCAUAGGCAUCAACAUGGGCACGGUUGGCAAGCUGAGCCGCAUUAUCAACGGGUUCAUGACGCCAGUCAGCCACCCAGACCUGCCUGAAGCGGCGGCGCCUGGUCAGCUUUCGGCGGCUGACAUCCGCCGCGGUCUUUCUUUGAUGGGACAGAUUGAGCCGAAGAAGUUUUUCAUUGCUGGCAGCCCUGUUGCACAGUCCCGUUCUCCUCCUAUGCACAACACCCUGUUCGCAGAGACCGGCCUCCCCCAUCACUAUGGUCGUAUUGAGACCACAAGUGCCCACGACCUUAAGGAUAUCAUCCGGCAGCCCGAUUUCGGUGGUGCUUCAGUGACGAUUCCUCUGAAGCAAGAGAUACGCCCCUACAUCGAUGCCGUUGGCCCUGAGGUCGAGAUCAUUGGCGCCAUCAACACCAUCGUCCCCGAGGAGGUCGUUGACGAAGCUGGCAACUCCAAGGUUCAACUAGUAGGUCGCAACACUGACUGGCAGGGCAUGGUUCUGGUGCUGCGCAACUCUGGCGCCAUGGGCGGCAGCAACAAGCAGAGUGGCCUCGUCAUCGGCGGAGGCGGCACGGCCCGCGCUGCCGUCUACGCGCUCGCCUCAAUGCACUACAGCCCUAUCUAUCUGCUUGGCCGUACGGCUUACAAGAUGGAAGCGCUGAAGGCGUCCUUCCCGGCGGAGUUCAACCUGCGUAUUCUGUCCUCGGUCGAGGCAGUCGAUGCGCUCGACGCCGAGAAGGGCAUCCCUCACGUGGCCAUCGGCACAAUCCCCGCUACCGAGCCCAUUGAAAGCAACAUGCGCGAGGUGAUCUGCAAGAUCUUCGAGAAGGGCGGUGCCGACGCGAUGCCCGGGGCGAGCCCCGGCAUGGAGGAGCCGAAGAGGACAUUGCUGGAGAUGGCUUAUAAGCCUUCUAUUACGGCCCUUAUGCAGCUGGCGACCGAUUCUGGAUGGAAGACGGUCAACGGCCUUGAGGUUUUGGUUGGGCAAGGUGUCUUCCAGUUCAAGAACUGGACCGGCAUCGAGCCGCUAUACGCCGUCGCCAGAGAUGCGGUGAUGAACGCCGAAAUCUAG